GGAGCCAACGAGCAGUUAAGCCGUGAGUGUUGCGAGGGCUGCUUCUCAUAGUUCUUGCAAGCCCAGGGCACUACAGCUCCCUCCCCCCUACACACACACACACAUCCUGCUAGUUCUUCCUUUCGAUAACGGGACAUUCGUAAAGCUACAAAAAUGCGUGAGUGCAUCAGUAUCCAUGUGGGUCAGGCCGGUGUCCAGAUGGGCAAUGCCUGCUGGGAGCUGUACUGUCUGGAGCAUGGAAUUGCCCCUGAUGGCACCAUCCCUUCAGACAAGACUGUGGGAGAUGGAGAUGACUCCUUCACCACCUUCUUCAGCGAGACUGGCUCCGGCAAACAUGUCCCCAGGGCCAUCUUCGUUGAUCUGGAGCCCUCUGUUAUAGAUGAGGUGCGGACUGGGGCAUACCGUCAGCUGUUUCACCCAGAGCAGCUCAUCACGGGAAAGGAAGAUGCAGCCAACAACUAUGCCCGCGGACACUACACCAUUGGCAAAGAAAUUGUUGACCUCGUCUUGGACAGAAGUAGAAGGCUAGCUGACCAGUGCUCAGGACUCCAGGGCUUUCUGGUGUUCCACUCAUUUGGUGGGGGCACUGGCUCUGGCUUCACCUCCCUGUUGAUGGAGCGGCUCUCAGUUGACUACGGCAAGAAAAGCAAGCUAGAGUUCGCUAUCUACCCCGCACCACAGGUAGCAACAGCAGUGGUGGAGCCAUACAAUGCCAUCCUAACGACGCACACAACAUUGGAACACUCAGAAUGUGCUUUCAUGGUAGACAACGAAGCCAUCUACGAUAUCUGUAGAAGGAACAUGAAUAUCGAGCGACCUACCUACACCAAUCUCAACCGACUCAUUGGCCAAGUUGUCUCCUCCAUCACUGCCUCUCUCAGGUUUGAUGGGGCACUAAAUGUGGAUCUGACAGAGUUCCAGACCAACCUGGUGCCCUACCCUCGUAUCCACUUCCCUCUCGUCACCUACGCUCCUGUUAUCUCCGCUGAGAAGGCCUAUCAUGAGCAGAUCUCUGUGGCCGAGAUCACCAACUCCUGCUUUGAACCUGCAAACCAGAUGGUAAAGUGUGAUCCCCGCCAUGGAAAGUACAUGGCCUGCUGUUUGCUGUACAGGGGAGAUGUGGUCCCCAAGGAUGUCAAUGCUGCCAUCGCCACCAUCAAGACUAAACGGUCCAUCCAGUUUGUGGACUGGUGUCCUACUGGUUUCAAGGUUGGUAUCAACUACCAGCCUCCUACUGUGGUGCCUGGUGCUGAUCUGGCCAAGGUGGCCCGUGCAGUCUGUAUGCUCUCUAACACCACUGCCAUCGCCGAGGCCUGGGCUCGCCUUGAUCACAAGUUUGACUUGAUGUAUGCGAAGAGGGCCUUUGUUCACUGGUAUGUGGGUGAGGGCAUGGAAGAAGGAGAGUUCUCAGAGGCCCGUGAGGAUUUGGCUGCCCUGGAAAAGGACUACGAGGAAGUUGCAAUUGACAGUGUCCUAGAAGGUGAAGAUGAGGCUGAAGAGGAAAUGUAAAUUUUAAGUGUAAGCUUGGCUGUCUCCACUGUUGCCAGCACACAAACUCGUACCUCUAGCGGCUAACAUGUAAAGGUGUCUGUGUCAAGCUUGUCGUCGGUUGAUUUUCUUAGAUUCUUAGCACACUGCCAUCAUCACAUUUCCUAGGCAGUGAAAGGUCAAACCAGGCAUCUGGUGAGUAAGCAGUAGCAUGACAACAAUGUCUUGCUCAAGGUUUAGAACAAUUUUGAUAUUACUGAAUGGAGUAACAGGUGCUUGGGAGCCCUCAAGUGUUACUUGGUAAUCAAGUUAUGCUGUAGCUUUCUUUAUCACUGUGGGCUCAACAUUUAAUGGGAAUACCUCUUAUGUUGCUGGGAAGCCCUUGUAUCUGGGGUAGCUCAGAUAACCUUCUAGGGCAGUAGGGCUCCUUGGUACUCUGCUGACACCAAUGACCAAGUUGAUCAAGGUGGCAUAUCCUGCUGACUGACAUUCCAUAUUAUUAUUAUUAUUAUUAUUAGUGGUUGUGUUGACAUCACUCAACAGCUGACACGUGGCCAGGUGUUGAGGACGGCCCAAAAUGCUGCUACAGAUUAUUUUGGUUCAUCUCUGAAAGUUUGUUCCUCAUCUUGCUGAUUAAGUAUGUUUUGCUACUUUUUUAAGGUGAAAAGGGAAAAGGCUCACUGAACAACGCCAAUAAAUGCACUUACAAAGCACUUAA